AUGAACAAGCUGCAGAGACUGCUUCAGAGCAAGAUCCUGAUCCUGACAAUAUGUGCUGCUGGGAUUGGAGGCACUUUCCAAUAUGGUUACAACAUCUCCAUCAUCAAUGCUCCAACUUCAUACAUUCAGACAUUCAUGAAUGAAACCUGGCUGGAGCGUACGGGCGUUCCCCUUGAGAGCAACGUGAUCCUGCUGCUAUGGUCUUUCACUGUCUCUGCGUACCCUCUGGGAGGACUUGCUGGGGCUGUUGUUGCUGGUCCCAUGGCCAUUAUGUUGGGAAGGAAGAUGUCCCUGCUGCUGAACAAUAUCUUCGUGAUCAUAGCUGCAGUCUUGUCAGGAUUCAGUCGAAUGGCAAAAUCUUUUGAAAUGAUUAUGCUCAGCAGAUUUUUUACUGGCAUGAAUGCAGGUGUAAGCAUGAACAUUCAGCCCAUGUAUCUGGCGGAAAGUGCCCCAAAGAAGCUCAGAGGAGCUGUGGCCUUGACCUCUGCAUCGUUUACAGCCCUGGGGUUGGUGCUGGGGCAGGUUGUUGGACUCAGGGAGCUACUAGGAGGGGAGGAGCGCUGGCCAUUCCUUUUGGCCAGCAAUGUGGUGCCUGCCCUGAUCCAGCUCAUGGCUCUGCCUUGGGUCCCUGAAAGUCCCAGGUACCUCUUGAUUGAUCGUGGAGAUAGAGAAUCCUGCAUCUUCGCACUGCAGAAGCUUAGAGGCAGCAGUGACCUGAGUGCCGAGCUGGAAGAGAUGCUGGCUGAACAAGCUGCUGCUAAAGGUCAGAGAGCGAAGAAGCCGUGGGAGCUCUUUCAAAAUCCAGCUUUGAGGUGGCAGCUGAUGAGCAUCAUUGUGCUGAGCAGUGCCAUGCAGCUCUGCGGGAAUGAUUCGAUGUAUUUUUAUGCAGCUUAUGUGUUCCGAGAGGCUGGAAUCCCUCAGGACAAAAUUCCAUAUGUUGUAAUCGGCACGGGGAGCUGUGAACUGAUCACGUCCAUCACUUGUAACAUGAUUAUAGACUACGCUGGUCGGAGGCCACUGCUCCUAGGGGGAUACAUCUGCAUGGCGGGAUGGGCCAUUGUCUUCAUGGUUGCUCUGAGCCAGCAGACUCAGAUUAGCUGGAUGCCUUAUCUCAGCAUGGCCUGCAUUUUCGCCUAUAUCCUGAGCUUUGGAAUUGGACCAGCUGGUGUUACGGGAGUUCUGCCCACAGAGGUUUUUGAUCAAAUGUCCCGGCCAGCUGCUUACAUGAUCUGUGGCUCUUUGCUGUGGUUCAACCUGUUUCUGGUCGGAACAGCCUUUCCAUUCAUUGUGAAAAGUCUAGCACAUUUCUGCUACAUCCCAUUCCUUGUGGUCUGCAUGUGCACCGCACUCUACGUUGGAUUUUUCCUUCCUGAGACAAAGGGAAAGUCCUUCCUGGAAAUCUCAGAGGAGUUCAAGAAACGAAACUUCAAAGCUCAGACUCACAGAGUUUUUUAUAAAGGCCCUGAAGAGAUCAAAUCCACCAUGUUGUAG